AGAUAAGUAUUGAGGGGCAAAAUGGGAAUAAAUAGAAUUUUAUAGAACACUCUUUAAGUUUCUUCUACUACAAAGUACAAAGCCAGUGUUCGUCAACAGUCUUCUUCUCACUCUGUGAUUAAGCUUGUUUAGAGAGGUUUUGCAGAGAUGGCGAGAACUAGAGCAAUGGUGAUAAAGAUGUCAACACUUAUGAUACUGAUUUCAUUAAUGGUGAUGAAUAUGGUCGAGUCUUCGAGAUCAGUUAACAAGGUUAAUAAUGGUGACGAUUCUGAGAUCUUACGAAGACACUUGCUCACUAAUGGCCUCGGCGUCACUCCUCCCAUGGGGUGGAAUAGCUGGAACCAUUUCAGCUGCAACAUAGAUGAGAAAAUGAUCAAAGAAACUGCUGAUGCUUUGGUUACUACCGGCCUCUCUAAGCUUGGUUACAAAUACGUUAACAUCGAUGAUUGUUGGGCUGAAAUUUCUCGUGACAGCAAGGGAAGUCUGGUGCCAAAGAAGUCAACUUUCCCUUCUGGUAUUAAAGCGCUUGCUGAUUAUGUUCAUAGCAAGGGCCUUAAGCUCGGGAUUUACUCAGAUGCCGGGUAUUUUACCUGCAGCAAAACCAUGCCAGGUUCUUUAGGCUAUGAGGAGCAUGAUGCCAAGACAUUUGCAGAAUGGGGAAUUGAUUACUUGAAGUAUGACAACUGCAACAACGAUGGCUCUAAACCGACUGUCAGGUAUCCGGUGAUGACCCGAGCUCUGAUGAAAUCUGGCCGCCCCAUCUUUCACUCACUGUGUGAAUGGGGAGAUAUGCAUCCAGCUCUAUGGGGAUCUCCAGUAGGCAACAGUUGGAGAACCACUAAUGACAUCAAAGAUACUUGGCUUAGUAUGAUCUCAAUAGCAGACAUGAAUGAAGUCUACGCUGAGCAUGCAAGACCUGGUGGCUGGAACGACCCGGAUAUGCUUGAAGUGGGAAAUGGAGGAAUGACGAAAGAGGAGUACAUAGUCCAUUUCAGCAUAUGGGCAAUCUCAAAGGCUCCUCUUCUACUUGGCUGUGACAUAAGAAACAUGACCAAGGAAACAGUGGAGAUUGUCGCAAACAAGGAAGUCAUAGCUAUUAAUCAAGAUCCACACGGUCAGGCCAAGAAAGUUAGAAUGGAAGGCGAUCUCGAGGUUUGGGCAGGACCAUUGUCAGGUUACAGAGUAGCUUUGCUUCUGCUGAACCGUGGACCAUCACGAACUUUGAUUACUGCUCUCUGGGAUGAUAUUGAGAUCCCUGCAAAUAGCAUUGUUGAAGCCAGAGAUCUAUGGCAGCACAAGACAUUGAAGCAAAAGUUUGUAGGGAACUUGACAGCAACAGUGGAUUCUCAUGCGUGUAAGUUGUAUAUUCUCAAACAGUCAAACCUGUUGCCUGAAAUACAUAAAGAGAGAGUUAAUUAGUGUGGCUACGUUACGUUGUAAUCUCCAAUAAUUCUGUAAAAACAAUAAGGGUUCGUCUCAAAUUGGAUCUCCACAGAUAUUCUCCAAUAAAUUGUUCUAAAUUUGCUCAAAGUUUCUCUACUGAAUGAAUCCAAAAGUGUUGUCAA